AUGAGCGGAUUGUACCCUACAGCUCAUGAAAAGGAUUCUCCAAGAAGCCACCGCUUGCGGCGACUUUUCAAAUCCAGCACUUCUGAUACUCCUCUAACUCCUACAACACCAGAAGGCCAGAGAGGUUCCUAUUUUGUCAAUAAUAGUCUUGAAAAAUUACAUGGCUGUGAAAUUGUAUCUCCUCCCGAUGAUCUCACAAGCACACCGCUAAAUUGGAAGAAGGAAACAGGGCGGCAACAGCAUCAUUACCAGCUUGAGGAUUUCAGAUCUAUAAGCAGCACAUCAAGCUAUUACUCUACCCAGAACCUUGUUAGAACAAAUUUUAGGGAGAGUUACUGCGCUGUCUGUGAUUUCCCUCUGGUGUAUACAUUGAGCAAUGAGCAUACCAUAGAGCUCGACUGCGGUCACCGGGCUCAUCAAGAAUGCUACUCAAACAUGAUAACACAAGCUGUUUCUGAGCUUCAGUGCCUCCAUUGCGAGAACUCAAGGUACAAACUCAAUGUGACAAAUGAGAGAGAUGAUAUAUGCUAUGGUGUUGCAAACCAACAACCACAUACCCCGCCACUUCGCAGUACUAAGACACUGGAGCCCGCCUUUUCCCCGAGUUUGAACUCCUCGGACCUCUGCAGCUAUUAUACCUCCCUCUAUGCGCCUUUUCAGACUAGGAAUCAUCUUGCGCUUGAAGCCAGUAUAACCCCAGCAUACGAAACUAUCUCUGAUGAGACAAAAAAGAUAGUGUGCUUGGCGAAGCUGAAAGUUCCCGUACACUCAGAUAGUGACUAUGACUAUCGUUCGUCCGCUGCAGAUAUUAACUAUGGCCGGACGUUCACCGAGGAGCUUUCAAAAGUAUCGUUCCAUGGAAAGCUUUUAGCUUCAGUACCGAAAGGAAAGCUGAGGCUUUUAGAUGUGCUUUACGUGACAUACCGCAAUAAUAUGUGGGUACGUUGCUACGCUUAUCUGUUCUCAAAGUUGAUGAUCAUUUGUAGGGUGGAUAUGCAAGGAAACCAAACAGUCCAAUUUAUAUUGAGUGUGAAGGACAUUGAACAGGUGCAGCUUGAAGACCUAGAAAAAGGUAAAGCUCUUUGUUUGAUCACUUUGAGUAAGGCUUUGCCCGAACUCUUUCUGAGUACAGAAGACGAGGGUGUGCUUUAUAAAUGGCGGCUAGCACUUUAUAACCCAGAAUACGAGUUCCCACUCGCCCCUCGACCAAAUGGAGAUAGAGAUUUCAUUCAAAACUAUGUCUUGAUGCGAGAACCACAAGUCCCGCUCGAUUUAGUAUUUUGCAUAUCCUUAUCUGAUGUUGCAGAUAGUGUCAAAACGAGAAGAGUAGUCCAGGCUAUUCAAAAGCUUCAUUCUACUAUGAGCUCCUUUGACCGACUCGGGAUUGUUUUUUUCGGACAUUCGCUUCUCAAAUCUUUCCCCCUCAGCAGAAAAGUGUGUGGCAACUGGGAUGCUAUAACAGAAGAACUGGUAUCGCUAACAAGCUCAAAGAUCGAGUCCUCUUUUGAUUACACUGAUCUUCUUGCCUGCUGUGAGUCGCUUCUCUCUAGCUACUGCUCUACUCGUUCGUUCGCAUCUGUUAUAGUGGUCAGUGACCUCAAGGAUGCCUCAUUCUCUUAUGUUCCUUGGACUUUUAUCAAAGCAGGUACACCGAUAAGCACCUUUGAUAUAUCGACCUCUAAUUCGAACAUACUGAGCAACAUUUCAUCCAAAACUGGCGGUCGUUAUGUGCUUCUAGAGAAUGUGAACGGACUGAUUGGUCCCAUGGAAGAGCUUCUGAAAUUUGAAAAAAUGCAUAGGCUAAAAAACAAUGUUGUGAGUAUUCAUCCAUCCGAUGAUGUACAAAUACUGAGUGUUAUCAGUCUCGCAUGCAUGAAGCUGGGUCGAGCAACAAUGAAACGUGUUGCGGAAGACGACCUUUCGAACGACAUUGACCACAGUGAUUCUCGGAGGAAAACUGUUCAAAUUGAACUCGGAAAUCUCAAGGCUGGGCAAGCCUAUACGUUUUUCGUGGAAUUAAGUUUGGAUAGCAUGAAAGGCGCCUUCAACAAAGCGUUGGCUGUGAAAACUAUUACCAAGGAGGAGGAAGUAAUCACUACUACAAACCUCAACGCAGGAGCUAGAACGCAGUCUCUUCAUCUAUUUAAUAUGCAGUGGGAUACUAAUGAGACCCUUUCUCCAGAGCCCAUCAGCGAUUACAGCGUGAUGAAGAGCUCAACUGUCAAAAUUACGUCGAGCUACGAAUUUGCUGCAGAUAUCAACAUCGAAGUUCUUUACUACAAAGUUUGUCUGAAAAUUGCAGACUUAUUGAGUGAACUCUCAUUUUCAACACCUCGUGACAGUCGUGUGGGCGUGUUUGGCUCCAUAGAAUCGUGUUUGAAAGAUGCCGAAGCGACCAUAUCAUCAUCAUACGCCUCGUUCAAGAAUGGUGACAAUGCGUAUAGUGACGCAUUAGCCUCCCUCAUAGUAGCAACAAAAGGUACCAUCAGCUACUACAACGAAAGGCUAGCAUCUCUAGAUAGGCUGGGUCAAUUAGCGUCUCUUGUGACCGAUACUACAUGGUGUUUGAGGACCCGUCGGUCGUAUACCAUCCUAACUCCACUUCAUGUGCAUUUUCAUGAGGCCAAAGUUCGCUGA